CAAUUCCUAUCGAAAAUGAAAUUUUUUGUACCCUCAGCUUUUGAUAAAAGUACAGAGGCUGUAAAAUUUAAGCCUACCCAAUUGGCAAUUGAACAAAGUUCUAGCAAAAUCGAGAAAAACAAAAAGAAUAAAAAGAAAAAGUCGAAAAAAGCAAACGAACAUGAAUCGGUACCACACAAAGGUAAAGGACCAUUGGCUCCUCAUUUGCUAGAAAGUGAUGAUGAUGUUAUGCCCGAUACGAAUAAAGUCAAGAAGGGUAAAGUAGAGAAAAAGAAAAAUAACAAAAAGCAACAAAAACAAAAGCUUAAACCCUCACCGGCUCUAAGUAAAGCCAUACAGGAGACUAUAGCAUUGGCCAAAAAUGAUCCCAACGAUAAUGAUGAUGCCAUGGAAGAUGAUGAGACCCCAACAGCCACUGCGCCGGCAAAUUCCUUUGAGGCCAAACUUAAGGAACAACUAAUGGGAGGACGUUUUCGUUUUCUUAACGAACAACUCUAUACCAUGAAUAGUAAAAAGGCUGAGAAUUUAUUUAAACAGGAUCCUGAAGCUUUUAAAGCCUAUCACGAUGGUUACCGUCAUCAAGUUGAGAAAUGGCCCUUAAAUCCUUUGGAUCGUAUUAUAAAAAUGAUUAAGAAAUUGCCCAAAUCUUUAGAAAUUUGCGAUUUUGGUUGCGGUGAGGGCAAGCUGGCAAAAUCAGUACCCCAUAAAGUAAUCUCCAUGGACUUGGUAAGCUGUCGUGAUGAUAUUAUAGCCUGCGAUAUGGCUGAGACUCCCUUAACCACCCAGUCUUUGGAUGUGGCUGUCUACUGUCUCUCCCUAAUGGGCACCAAUCUAAAAGAUUAUCUUCUCGAGGCUAAUCGUGUUUUAAAAAUGGAUGGUUUAAUUUAUAUAGCAGAGAUACAAUCACGUUUUGAUAAUGUUAAAGAUUUUGUUAAGAAAUUGGAUACAUUUGGUUUUCAACUCAUACGUCAAGAUGUCGGUCAAAAGGUGUUCUAUUUCUUUCAAUUCAAGAAAGUGCGUAAUGUAGGUAAAGUUGCUAAUGUACCGCAGUUGGCUUUAAAGCCCUGUUUGUAUAGAAAACGUUAAGCAGCAGUUUGUGUCGAGCGUAAAGAAGGGCAUAGGUGAUCAUUUAAUUGUUUUAAGUUAAAUUACAAAUUAAUUACAUAAAUUAUGUAAAUAAAAAUAAAAUUUAUAUUAAAGGACUGAA